GGAGCAACAGUGAGCUGUGAGCAUCAUGUUGUCCACUACACUGGUUGUCCUGCAGUUGCUGUGGCUCUCACUGGCCUCAGCAGGUCACUUCUAUGGAGGGGUGGUGACCUUCUCUGCCACAAUAGGCAGCAAUGGGAGCAUUGAGGUGGAACUUCGUAACAAGGCGACAUUCAGUUCAUGUGCUUACCAGUACGGGAGCUGUUACGGCAACUUGACUGACUGUGGCUACAACAACCAAAUCAGCUUGGGUGCAAUUGACCUAGGCAAUACCAGCACGGAAACCUCAUGGUGUCAAACAGAAACUGUUGUCAGUAAGAGGCUAACAAGUAACAGACCUUUCCGAACAUUGGAAAGCAGCUGUUGUUGGACCAAACUUGACACACCUUCUGUAUACCCAUCGUGGAAUGUUCUGACUUCAGUGGAUUUGGGCAUAAGAUCUGACACUAACAAGCCAAACAACUCUCCUAAUAUCGCCAUCCUCCCUUUUCUACGAGUCCCUCAGAACUGCAAACGGUCCUACAAACCUAUGGCCUUCGACCCUGAUGGAGAUGUUGUUCGAUGCCGAUAUGGAAACCGACAUGCUUCUGAGUGUGUUGACUGUAGAAGACAAGUGGGAUUCAGUGUAAAUGAGACUACAUGCACACUGCUCUAUUUGGCCUCUGGAAACCAAGGAGUCCAUGGAUUUGAGUUGGUGGUGGAGGACCAUCCACGGCACAAUGUUGCACUCUACUACUCUUAUGGAAUCACGAAUAAUACAAUGAGUGUUUCAUUCAGUGUGCUGCCAUUGCAAUUUGUUUUCCAAGUGGACCCAAGUGUUCCCACGUGCACUGAAGGAUAUAAUCUACCAAAGUAUGUUUCCCCAACACCCAGAGAUGGAGAGGUCAUUCUGGCACAGACUGGAAGAGAAGUAGAAAUAAGAGUGAAGGCAAUGGCUCUUUAUUCACAAGUUGAUAGGAUCAUAAUGACGGGACCACUGAAUGUCACCAAGCACAGAACCACUGCAGAUGAGUUCAUCAUCAGAUGGACUCCGAUUUCUGAAAACCUCGGACACUAUUUUCCUAUCUGCUUUGCUGUUGAAUCUAAAAAUGGAUCUUCUGUUUACCAAACUGAGAUGAGAUGUGUGCUGGUGAACGUUACUAAUGAACUAAUGAAUACAGUGGUCACCUGUCUGGAGUCUUCAAUGAUAGUCGAGGUGGAGAAGGCCACAUUACCUGAACUUCAUUAUGAAAAUCUGCGUCUGUCUGAUCCCAGUAACAUAGUCUGCAGCCUCCAAACCCACUCCAACAGCACUCACUUGGUCGCUAAAGUGCCCCUCAACACCUGUGGCACCCAGAUCGAGGAGGAUGCUGAUAAUCUGUUUUUCAAGAAUGAAAUUACCACAGUGGACAAUACCUCUACCCUCAUCACCAGAAAACACCAGUUAGAAAUGAAGUUCUUCUGCCAGUACCCCAAAAGAGGAAACGUGACAUUCACCUUCAGCGCUCACAGAGAGAAUGUGACCGUGUGGGACAAGGGCCUUGGAAAGUUCACCUACGGGUUUGAGUUCUUCCCAGAUCAGAGGUUUGUCUCCAGGAUAGACCCCCGGCUCUACCCACUCGAGUAUGACGUGGGUGAUCGCAUCUUCAUGGAGAUCGAAGCCACAACUACAGUCAACAACACAGAGCUGUUUGUGGAGUCCUGCAGAGCUGCACCCUACGACAACACCAACUACCCCCACCCCUACAACAUCAUUGAGAAUGGCUGCAACUUAGACCCAACACUGAUUGUUUAUCCGAGAAGUCACAACAGACAAUUCAAAUACAGCGUUGAGGCCUUCAAGUUCAUUGGCCUUCACGACCAGGUCUACAUCAGCUGCUCAGUGUUGAUGUGUGAAGCUGGAAACCCUCACACUCGCUGCUCUCGGGGAUGUCAGCCCAAUGGAGCAACAAGAGCCAGGAGAGAGGCAGUCAUUGAGUCAGGAACCCAUUAUGUGUCCCAGGGCCCCCUGCGUCUGAGGAGAUCUGUGGAGGCAGGAAACACAGGUCUGAACUUCAACCUCAACCUGGUCUUCAUCGCUGGCUGUGUUUUAGCCGCUGUAGGAAUGAUCUGUGGAGUCAUCAUUUACAAAUCCAAGAAAUCCAGUGUCAGAUACCAAGCUCUGCCUUCAGAUGAAACAUAGAAACACCACCUGCAGAUGCAAAGAAAUACAUUGCAGUGUCUGAAUUAUGUGAUUAAUGAAGAAUUAUGGUUGAAGGUGAUACAGAUUUAUAUGAAGUUAUGUUUGCUUUUUGUCUUGUUACAAACAUACGAUUUCUUGGUUAAAUGGGUGAAAGGUACUCUUGUUAAGUUUGUAUUACACACAUCAUGAUAUAAGAUAC